GAAAAUAGGAAAUUUGAAAUUCAUUCACUCAUGUUUUACCGGCGCGCCUGCUGACGAUUUUAUUGUCUCUUUAAUUUUAAUGAAUAGACAUAAAAAUAGAUAUUUUUUUUCUUAAAACAUAACUUUAUAAACAUUAAAGAUUACUAGAUUUAAAGCCAAACUAAUUUUAAUCAUGGCUAUUCUAGCAACGACGUUUGGAAUUCUUCUAAUUGUAUCCACGGCUUGGUCUGCGGAUGCACCAAAAGGACCUAAAGUGACUCAUAAGGUCACUUUUGAUAUGAGUAUUGGUGGGGAAAGUGCUGGUAAAAUAGUCAUUGGUUUGUUUGGUAAGACAGUACCCAAAACUACUCAGAACUUUUACGAGCUGGCACAGAAACCUGAGGGUGAGGGAUAUAAGGGCAGCAAGUUCCACAGAGUCAUUGAAAACUUCAUGAUUCAGGGUGGCGACUUCACCAAGGGUGAUGGUACUGGUGGUCGCAGCAUUUAUGGUGAACGUUUUGAAGAUGAGAACUUCAAGCUGAGCCAUUAUGGAGCUGGCUGGUUGUCUAUGGCUAAUGCCGGCAAAGACACUAAUGGAUCCCAGUUCUUUAUUACCACAGCCAAGACCCCCUGGUUAGACGGCAGACAUGUUGUUUUUGGAAAAGUACUUGAAGGAAUGGAUGUUGUCCGCAAGAUUGAGAAGACUCCCACUUCAAAUGACAAACCAGUGAAGGAUGUUGUUAUUACUAAUACUCAAGUAGAAGAAGUCGCAGAACCUUUCAGUGUGACAAAAGACAGUGCUAAAUAACAAUAUAUAUAAUUUUAUAUAAAUAAUAAGAAAUAAAAUGUAUAUAUCAAGGAAUCAUUUUGUUUUCAAAUGCAUUUAAAUAUAAAUAUCAAUGUUUAUUUGGGUAUAAUUUUAAUAUUCUUAUUAGAUUACAAUCCCUAUUUUUUUUUUAAAUAAAUGAUUGAUGUUUUGACACACUGAUAAUAUUAAGUAUAUAGUAUUUAUAUUAAUUCAUUCACAGGGUACCAUAGUAGUUUAACUUACUUUGGUUUCUGAUAAUGUAAAAAUUAUAAUAAUUUACAGUGAAAUAAAACAACUAUACAUUUAA